UCAAGCCUCUAAUAAGUCUCAUCCAAACCUCACCAAAACAUGAAAACCCACUUCAUUCCUUGAUGAAGCCUUUGCUUUGUUCACCUUCUCUUCUUCUUCCUCCUCCAACAUACCAUGAAAAGACUGCACUUGUAGGGAGAAGAGAAGAAGGAAGGUUUGAGCAAAGCAAAGCCACUCUUUUCCUCCACAGAGUUUUGCAUCUCAUUCCCCUACAAAACCAUCCAUUUGUGGUGAAUUAAAUUUAGAAGGCAGUGUUUUUUUUCUUCUUUUUUCUGUCAAGAUGAAUGAUCUCUUCUCGGGAUCGUUUAAAAAGUACCAAGACCUCAAGCGCCAAAUCCACUUGGAUGACAUCGAGGCUGGUGGUAGUGGGGAGACGGGGAAUGAGACCGUUGAUCUUGACAGAUUUUUCGAAGAUGUAGAGAAGGUGAAGGACGACAUGAAAGAUGUCGAGAGGCUUUACAAGAGGUUGCAGGAGUCAAAUGAAGAGUGUAAGACGGCACACAAUGCCAAAACAAUGAAAGAGGUACGGUCCCGGAUGGAUGCGGACGUGACACAAGUUUUGAAAAGGGUCAAAGUUAUUAAGGGGAAGCUUGAAGCGCUUGAGCGGUCCAACGCAGCCCACCGGGGCAUUCCAGGGUGCGGGCCUGGUUCAUCUGCUGACCGGACACGAACCUCGGUAGUUAGUGGAUUAGGAAAAAAACUUAAAGUUAUGAUGGACGAAUUCCAAGCCCUAAGGGCUAAAAUUUCGUCCGAGUACAAAGAGACGGUGGAGAGGAGGUACUUCACGAUAACCGGGGAAAAGGCGAACGAUGAUUUGAUUGAGAACUUGAUAUCGAGUGGGGAAAGCGAGACAUUCCUUCAAAAGGCCAUUCAAGAACAGGGGCGAGGUCAAAUCAUGGACACUAUUUCUGAGAUACAAGAGAGGCACGAUGCGGUGAAGGAGAUAGAGAAGAACUUGAUCGAGCUCCACCAAGUGUUCUUGGACAUGGCAGCGUUGGUGGAGGCACAGGGCCAGCAGCUGAACAACAUAGAAAGCCAUGUGGCGCACGCGAGCUCGUUCGUUAGGAGAGGGACUGAGCAGUUGCAAGAAGCGAGGGAGUAUCAGAAGAGCUCCAGGAAAUGGACUUGUAUUGCAGUUGUUCUUGGAGCUUGUGUACUCGUCCUCAUUCUUUUCCCAGUUUUGUCAUCUGUUUUGGUUCAUGUUUUGUAGACAAUUGUCUUUUUUUUUUUCAAAAAAAAAAUACAAAAUCCAAGGUUAAUGUUGCCAGUGGCAAAGGACCUGUCUGGUGUUUCAAAAACUGAAAGAGGUUGUUGUCUGUCUUCUUUCCUAUCUUUGUGGGCUUUUGUUUGUUUGUUUCAUCAAGACAUUGAUCUAUGGAUGUAGAUGUCACUUUUACCUGUAUCAAUUUCGUUUUGCAUGUUGUGAACAAUAUUAGAUCAACGGGUUAAUCAAAAGUCUCUACCUUCAUGAUUGAA